GAAAUAUGAGUUGCACGUCUCAUAUCUAGUUUUAUUGUGUGUAGUGUUUUAACAUGUAUUUUGACAUGGGCAGACAUACUCUUAAUUUUAUUCAAGAAUGAACUGAUCGACAUCCAUGUACUGAAGUGGUUUUCAAUUAGGCAUUGGAAGGGUUAAACUGAAGGCUUUUGUUUCAGUCGUUAUUAAAAAAAUAAAUAAAUACAAAGAGAUGUUGGCGACUUUGAAACUCCCCUCUUAAGCAGUAGCACAGUUCAGACGUCCCUUCUUAUCUUAGCUGUGUUCAUUCACUCUACACACGAGGGGGUCCACAUGGAGACUGAAUGGGUCAAAUUCCCAUACCAAGACCUCGCUGAAUGAAAGUCAAAUUCUCAUACCGGUUCUCAGCACAGACACAUUGGAGGAGGUGGCAAUACAGACGGGCGGGCAGGCAGAGAGAGGAGGGAUACCUGUUUCCACGUCCCAUCUGUUCCCGUUGAGGACAGUAAAGGGAAAAUGCAUUAGGGAUUAUUUCUACAUCUUUUCAACUUCAAGUUAAUGCAGAAAUGGAGAGCGAAUGCAAAAGCUCUGAACAUGCUCAGAAGAGAGACCUGGACCACUGCAAGUAGAGACCCGCCCCUCAGAUCUAUAGUCAAGGCGCAGAGCUCUGAGUGUAGCCAUGCCAGAAGACUCUAAAGACAUCAUGAGAAUUCAAAAGGGUCCAGAAAGUCUAGGAAUGGAAAAGACUAAUAACAACGACUGCAUGGUCACCAGUGUCCCCCUGGUCAACGAAGUCCAGCUGACCGCUGCCACUGGUGGCACCGAGCUCUCCUGCUAUCGGUGCACUGUGCCCUUUGGGGUGGUCAUCCUCAUAACCGGAAUCGUGGUCACUGCUGUGGCCUACAGCUUCAAUUCACACGGAUCUAUCAUCUCAGUCAUCGGGCUUGUCCUCCUGUCCACUGGACUCUUCCUGCUGGCCUCCAGCACUUUGUGCUGGAAGAUCAGGCAGACGAGAAAGAGCGACCAGAGAAGAGAGAGCCAGACAGCUUUAAUGGCAAGCCAGAGAAGCAGCUUUGCUUAAAAUCAGUGGUACGUAGCAGGGAACCGAUUGAGGGAGGAGGGAAUGGGGAGGACUGAAGACCACUAUUGAGUUUGUGAGGUCAGUCAGGAGAUGCACAGCAUGAUUCCAGCUGCCCCGCUGUUAAAGAUGCUUGGAAGUACAGUUGGCUUGUUCAUCCUUUCCCACAAAAGCCGGUAUGGGGUUUGCAGAAAUAUCUUCAGCUCUUCCAAACUGUAUCGAAAAGCUUUCAGCCCCACAGAGGACCUUCAUUUUAUUGUGUUUUUAUGAGUUUUUUUAUUUUAUUUAAUUUUUUUAUUCUGAAAUAAAUUGCCAACAUCUGGAUGGCUUGGAAAGCGGCCAACAUAAAUGUAUGAGAAUGUAACAGAAUGAAGAAGCAUGGACAUGGACUGGAGCGUAGGACGUUGUUUUCCAUUCAUUUAUUGCUGCACUUGCUGGAUGUACUGGUCUGGAGUGAUGACUGCAGAUUCUGGAUCGCUGGAACGCUGGGCUCACUAUACCUGUGGGGCUGUGGUUCUCCUCGAAGUCGUGACUGCUCGUUUUUACUCACUUGUAGCAUUGUUUGCAUAUUCUCAUGAAUAACUGAAAUGUGGUACUGAAAUAUAUUUUACUUUGCUAGAUAUAGGGAGCAAACUUUAUCAUGCAUGUAUCAUUAAUCACUUCAGCCAAGAUCAGAGAAUGUAGAUCAGAUUAUGGAUUAUGGAUAACUUUAAAGGAUUCCAAUUUAGCACUUUUGAUGCCUUUUGUAUUUAACUUUUAAGUGUUUAAUUUCCUCUGAAAUAAUCUGAAUAAUUCAAGCGCUGCUAGAGCUUUAGAGAAGGGGUGCUCCUUUGCCACUGGUCAGCCAGUCACUGCCUACGCCCCUCUGCCAUCACCAAGCUGCUACCUAACAUCAUUCUUCAAAUCUGACAGCUCAAAUAAAUAAAUAAAAAGGAUCCUGCCUGAACACGUGUCCGUACCUGGGUCAGCCUGCAUUAGAAAUGAUUUUAGGUCCCUUCCAAACCUCUUCUAUUAGGUAGGUUCAAAAUGUAUUUUUGAUGCCUCAGAAAUACAGUGAAUAGCAGUGAUAGUAGUAAUUGAGUUUGUUCAUUUUGUGCCCACAGGGCCAGCACAGCUACAUCUCAGUAAUGAGUUUGUUCAUUUUGUGCCCACAGGGCCAGCACAGCUACAUCUCAGUAAUGCAGCACUAACACAAAAGAGAGACCGAGGUAGACCAGAAAUUCCAAACUUCUUUGCUGAUUUAAAGAAUUAAGUAAACAUCUGAAUAAUUCUAAUUAAAAAAAAGCUAGAGGUAUUCUGAGAAAGCAAAAGUGGAGGAAACUGAUAGAAGGCCAAUCAUUAGCUUUCGUUCACUUGAAUUAAAUAUCUUAUUUUGUUCUGUCUUUUUAAAUUUCAAGUAGAAACAGUAAAUGUCACACAUCCCCACUAAUUGAUCUUAAUUGUAUAUUAAUUGUAACGUUAUGUUGUGUCUGAAUCAUGUUGCAUAAAUUAAACUACAAAUAAAUGGUUACAUAUG